CACCUAUUCAUUCCAACAUCACAAUCCAAGAUAUUAUAUAUUCAUCUGUCACAACUUUCUUGUAAGGCACAACAGAGAGAAAGAGAGAGAGAGAAGGAGAAUAAUGGAAGACAGCAGCUUGCCCAAACUCAUCAGCUUCCUAUCCUCACUCCUCGGGCGAGUGGCCGAGUCGAACGAUCUCGGCAGUGGGCCCCACUCUCAGAAAAUAUCGUCUGUCUUUCACGGCCUCACGAGGCCCACCAUCUCAAUCCACAGCUAUUUGCAGAGGAUCUUCAAGUACGCUAACUGCAGCCCGUCGUGCUACAUUGUGGCUUACGUAUAUCUCGACCGCUUCAUGCACCGCCAGCCGGACCUCCCCAUUAACUCCUUCAAUGUUCACAGGCUUCUUAUCACUAGUGUCAUGCUCUCUGCUAAAUUCAUGGAUGACAUGUAUUACAACAAUGCAUAUUAUGCAAAAGUAGGAGGAAUCAGCACAAUAGAGAUGAACAUUCUUGAAGUGGAUUUUUUAUUUGCAUUGGGAUUUCAUUUAAACGUGACCCCAUCAACUUUUCACUCAUACUGUUCUCAUCUCCAAAGAGAAAUGGUGAUCAUGCAGCCUCAGCCUCAGAUCAACCUUUCAGAGGAUCCCUAUUUAUUAUAUAACAAUGGUAAAUCAUCAUCAACGAAUAAAAUUAUUCAUUUGUGUUUUGAUGAAGAUGAAUCAUCAUCCCAUCAACAACAACAGCAACUUGCUGUUUGACAUAUUGCAUUUUUAAAUUCCAUUUACUGUAGUUAGGUUAGAUUGAAGAGUUUCUUUCUUUCUUUUCUUUUUUUUCUUUUUUUUUUCCCCUUUGCAUAUGGAAUUUUGGUUUGGCAAUUUGGGCCAUCACUGUACUUUGUGGCCUCAUUGGAUCUCUCUUGUUGUUUUUUUCUUCUUUUUUUUUCAUGUUUAUUAGUGAAUGUUUUCUGGGAAGUAUUUUGAACUUGAUUCAACGGAAUGUACAGUGAUUAUUUCUUGUUUGUAUAUCCCAAUUUAUACUCAGUGAUUGGUUGGCUCU